AUGGAGCCCCAAUCACCCCCCAAGCGCAUCACGCGUUCCAGAGCCGCAAAGACGGGCGAGAGCUCAACAACCACGAGAGCCACCAAGAUCGUGACCGCAGCUGCCAAGGCAAAGUCGACUGCCACCGCCCCGACGCGCUCUACCUCAGCCAAGAGGAAGACCCGAUCAGACGACCACGAAGAUGAAGAACACAACGAGCAAACACAAGAGUCAGAACCCGCCGUGCGUGCCACCAGAGCUACGCGAGGCCGCCCCAAGAAGACCGUAGAGGAGCCCACAGCACCAGCUGCCCGAGAGCCCUCAACAUCAAGUACGGCGCCCGGCAGAGCCACCCGUGCGCGAGCCACGGCACGCAAGGUCUCUGCCGCCGAGCCGCCAGCUCCCAAGGAAGAGGCGCCCAAGCCCACUCGUGGCCGGCCCAGGAAGGUGGUCCAGCCUUCAGAGGAAGCCCCUGAGAAGGAGGCAGAGCCAGUAAAGAAGACGACGCGCACCCGCGCAGCACCGGUCACAGCAGCAAAGCCCGCCGUCAAGAAGACGGUAACAUUCCAAGAACCCGAAAAGGAAAACAUCGCUCCUGACGCAAGCAAGAAGACGGCCGACAAGUCCACAACUGCCACUGGCCUCCGGGCCAGACCGGUGCGAAAGCCUCCUGUUCCCAAAGCCCCGACGAGAGCCACCCGCAACGCUGCUGCUGCCACCACGAAGACGGAGAAGACGCCGCUCAGCCCUAAGAAGGUCACGCAGAUUCCCAUGUCUCAGGACUACUCCGAGGACGAGCUGGCUGGAGAGAACACGCCCCCGAGACCCAUGAUGAAGAGCCCUACCAAGCCUCCGGCGAGCGUCCUUGGCUCCUCCAAGAAGCUCAACUUGAAGCCUGUCGAGAAGUCGGCGGAUUCCAAGGAGGACCAAGACGGCGAGGGCGCCGAUUCAGAAGCCCAAGAAGACGAGGUUGCCAACGUGCUGGCCUCGCCUGCCAAGAGACUGCCUCCUUCUCCUUUCCGGGAUACGAUGAAGUCCCCUGCUAAGCGCGUUGAGGGUGUUUCAUUGAAGCCCACGUCCAUGUCCACCGCUGAGGGCGUCGCUCCCACGCCUCUCAAGGCUUCGUUGCUUCACUCUCCCGCCAAGCGACCGCAGUCAGCCAUCAAGUCGUUCGCUCUGCCGACUACGGGUCAUGAGGAGAAGAAGCUCUCCAACUUCAAAGCUUCCCUCCUUCAGUCGCCUGCCAAGCGACCUUUGUCUCCCAUCAAGGGUCUGGCCAAGCCUCAAGAGGCCGUUGAGGAGAUGCAGUCUCCCGCCACAAAGCCUCUGCUCCUCUCCACCCCGACUGCUCUGCCCCCUGCCAAGAGAUCUUCUGAGAAAUUGAUGGAGGAAGAGACUGGCCACAGCGAUGACGAUGAGGAACAACUUGACGAGGUUGCCGAGGCCAUGCUCAAUGAGUCCAUUCACUUGGAGGAGCCUAUGCAGUUCCCUGGCCGUCUGUCUGCUGUUCUUCCUAGACACGCCGACCCCGUCUUCAAGAAGGACAUGCCCGCUCUUGAGGCACCUGAGGAGGAUCUGGCCCAGGCCGAGGAAGUCGACGUUGUCCAGUCUGAGGAGGCUCCCGAGGAGGAAGACGACUUCGCCGCUGAGGACAUGCCGGAGUUCGAUGGAGAGCCCAUGAUGCUCGACGAGGACUACUUCCAGCCUCAGGCUCAGAACACCAUGGCCCCUCAGCCCGCGUUCAACGUGCCCACUGGUAUCUUUGGCCUUCGCCAGAAGGACAUGGACCCUUACCAUAGCAUGGACUCGGACUCAGACGACGAGCUCGCCAACAGUCCUCGUGUCUCCGCAGUCGAGAAGUUUGUUCCUCUUACCCCCACUCCCAAGGCUGCUCGCCGAAGCAACGUUAUGCCGAGAGUCUCCAACGUUGGUUUCACUCCUCUGGCCCAGAAGCUGAACGCUUGGUCCGCUGGAAGCCCUACCAAGGGCUCCAAGACGCCCGUUGCCAAGACUCCCCAGGCUUCGGCGGACUCUGCUUCCGUCUCUGGCACUCCCCGUGCGUACGACUCUCCCCUCAGAAGCACCUACUUCGAGGAUGAGAUGACUGUUCGUGCCGACAUGGAGGCGCAGAACGAGAUUGAGGCUGCCAUUGAGGCUGAGAUCUCUGCCGCCAGCGAGGAGAUUGAGUUCGACGAUCUCAUGGUCACCGACGAGGACAUGGCUCUCGCUGCUGAGGCGAAUGAGAUGUCUCUGAUGGAGCCGGGGCAGCUGGACGACAUCGUCAACACUUCCAACAGCUUCGACGACACCCUUUCUGAGGCGAGCCAGGAGUAUGGCGACGAGAACGAGAUGCCUGUUGAUCCCGCCAUGCUGAACGGAGCAUCCGUUCCGCCUACCACCCCCAACAGAAUGAUCAACCGUGAAUUCCACACCGUCUCCAAGGUCCCUCUCAAGGCCGCUGAUGAGUCGACUCCCCGUCCCAAGAAGAAGCGUGCUGCCAGCAUCUCCCGACUCCCGGCCAGCCGCCCGACUCAAAAUCUUAACAGGAGCGCCACUGUCAUUUCCUACUCGCCCGGCAAGAACAAGUCUGAGCCACAGGAGACAGCUGAGCCCGAGUCGGCGCCUGUGACUCCGGCAAAGUCUGACAUCUGGUCCUCGCUUGGAACCCCGGCUCGCACCCCUCAUCGCAACCUCAGCCCUGGUCUGCUCCGUGGUGCAGUUGUCUUCGUUGACGUGCACACAACCGAGGGCGCGGAUGCGAGCAGCAUUUUCGUCGAGCUCCUGACCCAAAUGGGAGCUCGUUGCGUCAAGACUUGGGCGUGGAACCCGAACGCGGCCGACAACUCCGACAUGUCCAAGGUCGGCAUCACCCAUGUCGUGUUCAAGGAUGGUGGCAAGCGUACCAUGGAGAAGAUCAGGGAAACCAACGGCAUUGUCCACUGUGUUGGUGUGUCCUGGGUGCUUGACUGUGAGCGUAAGAACGAGUGGCUUCCUGAAGACGAAUACUCCAUCGACACAUCACUGGUUCCCCGCGGAGGCGCCCGUCGCAGGAAGAGCAUGGAGCCCACGGCCCUUGCAAACCAGAACGGCAUGCUUGUUCCUUCGCCUGUCAAGGGUGGCCGCGACAACAAGACCGCGCCCAACACACCCAUGAACCGACGUGACAGCACCGUCUGGAUGCACACUCCUUCGGACGAGGCCGACGAUGAGGAGGUCGAUUGGGAGGGACUCAUGUCCCCUGUUCCCGUGACUCCUGCCCCGGAUGCUCUCGCCCGCUACGCGGCGAACGUCACACCCGAGACACCCGGUGCCACUGACUACGACUCGUCUCCCACCAAGCUACUGAUGCAGACAUGCCCUCCCAAGAACAAUGCUUUCGCCGAGAUGGGCGAUGGCAUUCUCAAGAGGGAGAAGGACGAGACCGUGAUGCAGCGCUUGAUGGCCGCCCGCAGGAAGAGUCUGCAGUUUGCUCCCAAGAUCGGAAGCCCGUUGGCUAAGGCUUGGCGAUGA